AGGCCCAGUGUGCACAUGUGGAGCUUGGUGUGGUUGGGGGGGGGGGGUGUCCGGUUGGGAGGAGGAUCGGAUUUCUGUUUCCUGCCCCUACUCACUCAGCCCUCGGAGGUGACUGGGAGUGGAGGGAACUGGAAGGGGAUGACUUCCGCGGAACAUCCCACUUCUUGGAAACAUUCAGAAGACCAUGUCUGCUCAAUCUCUUCCUGCAGCAACGCCCCCUACCCUGAAGCCCCCUCGGAUCAUCCGCCCCCGACCCCCAUCUCGGCAUAGGGCUCCACACUCCCCGGGGCCUCCCAACAAUGGCUCCUCUCCGAAAGCACUUCCUCAAAUAUCCAAUGAUGCAUCCGCCUCAGUGUGCACCUCCAUCUUCUGGGAGCCUCCCGCGGCUUCUCUGAAGCCCCCUGCUCUUCUGCCCCCUUCAGUUUCUAGAGCCAGCCUGGACUCUCAGACUUCCCCUGAUUCACCUUCCAGCACACCCAGUCCCAGCCCAGUGUCCCGGCGCUCCAUCUCCCCAGAACCAGCUCCCUGCUCUCCCGUGCCCCCACCCAAACCCUCUGGGUCUUCCCGAACAUCUCUGCCCUUGGGCCCUAUGCCUCUCCAGGAUGGCUCUGCCUCGGCCCCUGGCACGGUUCGCAGACUGGCCGGCAAGUUUGAAUGGGGAGCUGAAGCAAAGGCCCAGUCCUCAGACUCCCUGGAACGGUGCUCCCAGGGGAGCACGGAUGUGAAUGGGGAGAAAGAGACUCCCCAAGUCGUCCUUUCCGGAAAUGGGUCCCAGGAGAAUGGCACUCCUGAUGCUGCCCUGGCCUGCCCUCCAUGCUGCCCCUGUGUCUGCCAUGUAGCAAAGCCUGGCCUGGAGCUCCGAUGGGUGCCUGUGGGGAGUUCUGAUGACAUCCUCAGGAUCCCCUGCCGGGCAUCCCCACUCCGAGCCUCCCGCUCCCGCAUCAACCCUCCAGUCAUCAGUAACCCUCCAGUUGUACUCACAUCCUAUCGCUCCACUGCGGAGCGCAAACUCCUACCUCCCCUCAAGCCCCCCAAGCCUACUAAAGUCAGACAGGAUAUAAGCACCUCUGGGGAGCUUCCACAGCAGGACCUGGAACUGCCUUCAGAAGAUGGGAUCCAGACAGCUACAAAGACCUGGGAAGGGGACAGACCUGAAGAAGCUCCUCAGAAUGCUCCUCCUGUAGCCCCAGAGGAAAGGGAGGAGGAAGGACUGGAGAGGCUGAAGGACCUGCAGUGGGAACUGCCCCUGCAGGACGAACCUUUAUACCAGACUUACCGAGCAGCUGUGCUGUCAGAGGAGCUGUGGGGUGUGGGUGAGGAUGGGGGUCCCUCUCCAGCUAAUCCUGGAGAAGCUCCCACCUUCUCCAGGCUACCUGGACCUCGAAACACUCUGUGGCAGGAGCUCCCGGCUGUGCGAGGCAGUGGUCUCUUAGAGAGUCUAAGCCCCCAGGAAAGGCGCAUGCAGGAGAGCCUGUUUGAAGUGGUGACAUCAGAGGCCUCCUACCUGCGCUCCCUGAGGCUGUUGACUGACACCUUUGUCCUGAGCCAGGCUCUUCGGGACACGCUCACUCCUCGGGAUCAUCAUACCCUUUUCUCCAAUGUGCAGCGAGUCCAGAGUGUCAGUGAGCGGUUUCUAGGAACACUGCUGUCUCGUGUUCGUUCCUCCCCACACAUCACUGACCUGUGUGAUGUGGUGCACGCCCAUGCAGUUGGUCCUUUCUCUGUGUAUGUGGAUUAUGUACGGAACCAGCAGUAUCAGGAGGAGACCUACAGCCGCCUUAUGGAUACAAACAUGCGCUUCUCUGCAGAGCUGCGAAGGCUGCAGAGCCUCCCCAAAUGUGAGCGGCUCCCUCUGCCAUCUUUCCUGCUGCUGCCCUUCCAGCGCAUCACCCGGUUGCGGAUGCUGUUACAGAAUAUCCUAAGCCAGACAGAGGAGGGGUCCAGUCGUCAGGAGAAUGCCCAGAAGGCCCUGGGCGCUGUGAGCAAGAUCAUUGAGCGCUGCAGCGCUGAGGUGGGGCGCAUGAAGCAGACAGAAGAGCUGAUCCGACUCACCCAAAGGUUGCGCUUCCACAAAGUCAAGGCUCUACCCCUGGUCUCCUGGUCGCGGCGCCUGGAAUUGCAGGGGGAGCUGACCGAGCUGGGGUGUCGGAGGGGGGGUGUGCUCUUCAACUCCCGCCCACGCUUCACUCCCCUCUGCCUGCUGCUCUUCAGUGACCUGUUGCUUAUCACUCAGCCCAAGAGUGGGCAACGGCUGCAGGUUCUGGACUAUGCCCAUCGCUCCCUGGUGCAGGCCCAGCAGGUUCCUGACCCAUCUGGACCCCCUACCUUCCGCCUCUCGCUUCUCAGCAACCAUCAGGGCCGCCCCACCCACAGGCUACUCCAAGCAGCCUCGCUGUCAGACAUGCAGCGCUGGCUGGGAGCCUUCCCCACCCCAGGUCCCCUUCCCUGUUCCCCAGACACCAUCUACGAAGACUGUGAGUGUUCCCAGGAGCUAUGUUCAGAGUCAUCUACACCUUCCAAGACUGAGGGGCAAAGUCUGGAGUCCAAGGGCCCCCGAAAGCAUCUGCACAAGAGUCCAGAAGGUUGGCUUAAGGGGCUUCCUGGAGCCUUCCCUGCCCAACUGGUGUGUGAAGUCACAGGAGAACAUGAAAGGAGGAAGCAUCUUCGCCAGCAUCAAAAGCUUCUUGAGGCUGUAGGACCCUCUUCAGGCACUCCUGACACCCCUCAACCCUAAGGCAGGCUAGGGAGGAGCACAGAUUGGGAUACUGGCAGCAGCAUGGGGAAGAAGACAAAGUCUGCCCAUCCAUUCAUCCAUCCAUCCAACCACCCAUCUGUCCAUCCAUCCAUCUACUUGCUGUCAGUGGAAACACUACCUCUAAAGGCAACCAAUAGGGAUAGAGAAGCUAAUGAAACAAGACCAUCUAAGUCCACAAGAAAGAAUGGGGAUGGCUUGAAUGUGUUGCCAAUGGAGGCAGAGGCUAAGUACAGAGUGGCCAAGGCUGAGGCCCUGCCCAGUUGAGUAUCACAGUAUGUCCACAACCAAGGAAGCUGAAGCAGGGGCAUUACAUUGAGAAAGAGCGUCAUUGGAGUAGUCCUGUAGGCAACAGGGAUGGGAUGGGACCCAUCCAGCCAAAGAAGAUGGUGAUUUGGGUGCAAGAGACCAGUAGUCACCCUUGUUGGCUUUAUAGAAGCCAUUGGUCCUGCUUUUUGAGUAUAGGAAGCAUUAAAUUAAUCUAAUACUUCUGUUUGGGGGCUACUUUCUCUGCCUUUUAAAACUACUUUCUUCUAGAAGAAUCCAGAGUGCAUCUCAGAAAACAUGAGUGCAUGUGUGUCCAUGUAUAUAUAUCUAGGAAGGCAACUAUGCUGAGUGUGGUGUGUAUGUGUAUGUGAGAAAGAGGGAGAGAGAGAAGAGAGAGAACACAUACCUCUCCUGCCGGUGACUGACUACUUCCCUUCCUUUAUCAUCUCACAUUUAUCCUCUUACUUUCUCCAAAGAACCCAUAUGCCCUGAAUUCUAAACGAGAGUCCUGAGCAUAGCUUGCCCAAAGGCUGGGAUUGUGAAUGCGAGCCAUGGAUUCUGGGUCUCGUGGGUCUCUCUGGGUUCUAUGACAGUUGAAGGGCCAUAUUAUGAAGCAGCUAGUCACCUACAAGGAAAGCACUGAGGACUAAGCCACUGGGAUGCAAGAUCCUCUGCAGUCUGCGGACCUCUUCCUGUCCCAGGUAUUGACCUCUGGGAUCCAUGUCUGCUCUGCAUCAUCUCCCAACUUGAAUUGUCAUCAUGACCUCAGCCAGCCUCAGCCUCAGGCUGCAGAACAAGUCCAGGCCAGCCGGCAACCACCCUGAGCUGCUUCUAUCCUGAUCCUCAGGAGCAGAAGGCUGGACUUAGGAGGGAGUAGAGAGCUGGUGAUGUUGCUCAGACUCAACCAUGGUUUCUGCUAGAGAACCUGUCCUGUGUGAUGCUGAAGAUGUGAAGGCAAAGACAGCUGAACAGACAGUUGCUGGGCUUGGGGCUCAGACCUGGGUAAAGGCUUUCUAAAUCUUCAUGACUGUGCAGUACUGUUCCUUCAUGUAUGACAGCCUGCCCAGAUAGAGACUGCCUAGGUGACUGUGGGAGGGGUAAUGACUCUUGGGAUUUGAAGGCAGAAGGGCACUUUGUGUCCACAGCCUCCAUCCAGCAAAGUGCUAUUCACUUGGGAAACCCUCAAUAAAUGUUGGUGGUAUCAUACCGA